AUGGAACAUCAAAAGUGGAAAUUGCAGGUCGCAUUGAAGAUCCCGAAAGCUUAUAAACGCAUCAAUGGUCUUGUUGGUGCUUAUGAUUAUCACUAUAAUGUUGACCUCGUCAAGGUUGUAGACUGUCUUGGUAUUUUAUACAAGUUUGAGUUGGUCGGGUUCCUAGCGAGUCUAGUGUUCAUGGAUAAUGAGAUGCCCCAUUCCCAUGAAGGUGGAACACCAUCUCCUGAUUGGUCCACCGGUUUUUCUCAAACUAAUGAGUCGUUCGGUGAUAAUUCGGAACAACAUGCGAGUUCGACGGUGCCCCUAUCGGUUCCCGCUCCGACUUUCGUCCCCGAGCCCGGUGCUCUUGGGCAGGGUGCAGGGGAAACUGAUAGUAGCCAGUUCGGCCCUGACGUUGGCCAAAUGCUAGAUGACCCGUUUAUGAAUCUCGGCCAUCGGCGCGCCCAUUCCGAGAUUCUGAUCCGUCCUGAAAAUGGCAUUAACGUCAAUGGUGAUCACGGUGUUCUGGGCGGUGGUUACGAGCCUAUCUUUCCUGAUGAGAAUGAGGAGCCCGACUUGUAUGGCAUUUACUUGGAUAUGGAUAGACUUAACUCCUCGUCUGCUAUGACACCUUUGUUUCAGGUGGAAGAACCAUCCUCGGCGGCUGUUGCCGUUCUCUCUCCUCCCCUUCCUCCUCCUCCUGCUGUUGCUGCGCCGUUAGCUGCAUCUACAGGACCGGCACUGGUGCUUGGAUCAUUCAGCCGCCGUCCAGCAGGGGAGAGACCAAGGGUGAAGCACCACUACAGUCAGUCGGUGGACGAGUUGAUGACUAUCAACCCAGAAAUGCUCGCUUCGAGCUCCGAGGAGCCCUCAGGAGUGGACAGAAAGAAGGCUCUUUCUGCUGCUAAGCUCGCAGAGCUGGCCCUGGUUGACCCAAGGCGUGCAAAGAGGAUCUUGUCAAACAGGCAGUCGGCUGCAAGGUCGAAGGAGCGGAAGUUGCGUUACAUUGCAGAGCUCGAAAGGAAGGUGCAGACCUUGCAGACUCAAGCCACAAAUCUGUCUUCUCAGUUGACCGUCUUGCAGAGGGACACAACCGGUCUGAACACCGAAAACCAUGAGCUGAAGUACCGGUUGCAGACUAUGGAGCAACAGGUUCAUUUGCAAGAUGCACUGAACGAUGCGCUGAAGGACGAGAUCGAACAUCUGAAGGUGCUGACUGGCCAACCCAUGCCCAACGGUGCACCAGUCAUGAUGCCUUUCGCUCCUUUUGCACACCGGCCGCUGUUUUAUCCUCCCUACAACAGUGACCCGCGCCCUCUUUUUGCUGCACAGCAGCUCCAGCAGAUGCAGAUUCAGCCGCCAGAGAUGCAGCAUCCGUUUCAGGUUCAGCAUCAUCCGCGGCCUUUUCAACUUCAGCUGCCGCAGCUGCAACAACCGACUGGAGGCUUCAGCUUUGGCGGGCCCUUGCACUUGGCGAUCCAGGGUGACAGCCAUGCUGCGGAAAAUUCUUCUGAUCUGAGGAACUGA